GAUAAAAAAUCCAUAAUUUACGGAAAAAACCGAAGUCAGUCUCAAUAGAAAACAGCAUGGCGGCCGCUGAAGUAACGAAACCGCCGAAUGAAGACGAUGAAGCGUGGCUUUAUGGAGAUGCAGAUCAGAAGAAAGCAACAGAUACAGGGGCGGCUGGUGAUGAUGCUCCAGCGUCCAGUCUGUCAGUAGAAGCUGAACCUUUUCAGCCAAAGAAAACAGAUGACAAAGAAGCAGGAGAGCUGAGUGGAGAGGAGGAGGCUGCCAAAGAUGAAGACGAUGACGAUGACUCAGAUGAUGAUGUACAAGUUACGAUAGGAGAUAUAAAAACUGGAGCGGCCGCAUACGAGGCAGCACCUAGGAAUUUAUUCAAGGCAACAGCUUAUGCAAAGUCAGGGCCAGCAAGUGGAGUCAAGGCACCUGCUAAAGGUGUAGAUGUGGAAGCCCAGGGGACAAUUAAUGGGGUAUCUACACUAGAGUUUGAUAUUGACUCUUUAAAGAAUGAAGAAAAACCAUGGAGGAAGCCAGGUGCUGAUGUGACAGACUAUUUCAACUAUGGUUUCAAUGAAGACACAUGGAUGCAGUACUGUGAAAAGCAGAGGAGGAUGAGGUUGGAGAGCGGGGCCAACAAAGUCUUUGUUCACCAUGGACAAGGAGCCCAGGGAGCCCCGCCUAAACCAGAUACCACACCCAAAACACAGGGGAACAUUCUUGUCCUGUCAAGCACGUCACCAGCUCGUAACUACAAAGCAGGCCCGCCUCCACAGCGGAAAGUCUCUGGAACAAUAGAUGUGAUUGGUGGCUCAGCACAGUCUUCACGGCGAGUUGACAGCGAGCCCCACCCUCCUGGCUUACCAUCAGAUGGUCUAAUGAACCCAGAUUUUAAAAAACCAUACCCCCAGCCAGUGCCGCCCCCUGGUGUGGCACCCAGCAUGCAGCCUGUCCCACAACACGAGUAUCCAGUACCCCCUCCAGGAAUGCCACCCCCGGGGAUGCCGCCCCCAGGGAUGCCCCCACCACCUGGUGUGCCACCCCCAGGAGUUCCUCCCCCAGGAUAUGGACCCCCUCCCAGUUUUUACCCCCCACCAGGAGCUGGACCACCCCCUCCAGACAGGGGCCCACCCCCAGGGUUCGAAGACAGACCCCCAUAUGGUUAUGAAGGUCCUCCGCCCUCUUUCUCACCAUAUUCUGGCGGACCUCCCCCUCAUCCUGGUGGACCACCCCCAAAUUGGGACCCCAGGCCAGGGGGUGGAUACCCCUCCAACCAGCCACCCCCCUGGGAGUACAAUAGAGACCGAAGUCCUGCACGCUCUGAUUCAUACUAUGACAGCAGUUCAGACAGUGAGGGAGAGAGGAGCAGCAGCAGGUUUAACAGUAGUGGUGGAAGUGGUACCAGAGACAGGAGCAGGGAUUCCUAUGAAAGGGAUUCAAGGUAUCGCAGAGAAAGGAGGCAACCGCACAGAGAUCGAGAGGAUCGCCAUCGUCGAAGGAAACACAGAGAAGAAGAAGAGAAAGACGGUGACCGUCACCGUGGCCAUAAAAAGAAACGUUCGCGAAGAGACCGCGAAGAUGGCGAGGGAACGGAGGACUCACAACAAGGAGUGGAGUGAAAAGGUCGAGGACAUCUUGGACUCUUUGUAGCAAAUUGGAAACUUAACUAAAAACACUAGCAGUUUCAAGUUUUUACAAGCUUUAACAAUGGAAGAGGACAGAACAUCGUGGCUUAUUUAUGGCUCUUCCGUGUUUUGUUCUUGUAUAUGAAAUGGCAGGACUUGGGUAUAAAGCACUGCCUUAUGCUGUAUAGUCUGUGUUGUUCUAUAGUGAAGUGGCAAUACAGAACAUUUACAGCACUGUCGCAGCUUAACAUUCCUUCGUGUCAUAAUGUCAUAACGUUUGACUGGACGAUUUGUCAUGGUGUAAGCUCUGCGGUUACAACGACAAACAGCCUUUGCUUGGGUUUAAUGGAAAGGAAAGGCAGUCUCCAGAUCACAGUUUUAAGGUGGUGAAAACACCGCGACAGAGGGGACACUUAUGAUCUUGAUAGAGUUGCGAAUGUGACAGAGGUCAGAAUGCGUAGGUCUGUUGCCUAAUGUCUCACAAACAACAGAAUAACUCCAAUACGCAGAGUGAGUCUGUCUUCAACAAUGCGUACAAUGUGCGUACAUGCAACUCUGAUCUUGACAUCGUAAAAGAACGGGUAGGGCCAGCUAUUCUGGUUUCAACAUGCACAGUAUAGUGAUGUGAAUGUAUAGGCAGAGAGAGUUUUCAAGCUCUGUCACACCUAGCGUAAAAAGAAACGUAUGAGUAUCGUAUGUGAAAGCGAUUAUAAGCACAAUUUUGAGCGUAUGAAAUCGGCCCUUUUCCAGCGUAUGAAAAUGAACAUAUAAAACAGCGUAUGGAAUUUUGAAACGCGUUCAAAACAGUUUUGGCUCCCUCCGCGCAUGGGAACGUACUCCAACGUUUGCUUGUGUACUCGAGACGUAUACCAACUGUUAGUCUGCGUAUGGGCAAUUUGUUCUCAUACUGUUGUGCUGUACGCUAAAUGUGACAGAACCUGCAGAUAUGCAUGUUCAUGCACACAUCAGUUCAUUGAAGAGAAGAUAGAAAAGAACACCCAGUUGGGGUGAAUAAAUUACAUAUAACUUUUA